UUCUACUGUAGCGAUCCUCAUGGUUGAGGCUCAUUUAGGGAAUCUGCUGUGGGACAUUUUUUGUGAUUUUUUGGACAUAUUUCCUACACAUAGGGAACAGACUCCCUAUAAGGGAGUCUGCUGAGAAUGCUCUAAGGCUCCAAUCAUAAGCUAAAAUGGAUAUUCUUUCAUCUUACUCAAACUCUGCCAUAGCAGGACUCCUGGCCGUUAUUCUCUUUUCCUAUUACCUUCUAAGGAGGUCCAGAGUUGGCUUGCCCAAAAAAGCACCUAUCGCUGCGGGUGCAUGGCCUAUAAUUGGUCACCUCCCUCUGUUGGGGGGAACAAACACUCCCCACAUAACGUUGGGAGCUAUGGCUGAAAAGUACGGGCCAAUUUUUACUAUCCAUCUCGGGUUGCAACGUGCUUUGGUAAUAAGCAGUUGGGAGAUGGCCAAGGAGUGCUUCACCACCAACGACUUGGCUGUUUCCUCGAGGCCCAAGUUUGUAGCUGCCAAACACUUUGGCUAUAACUUCGCCCUGUUCAGCUUCGCACCCUACGGUCCCUAUUGGCGUGACAUACGUAAAAUAGCCACCUCGGAGUUACUAUCUAACCGUCGGCUUGAGAUUCUUUCCUACGUUCGAGUCUCCGAAGUUGAGACCACCUUACAAGAGCUAUACAAAGUGUGGACAAAGAAAAAGGAGUCGGGGCAGAUUUUGGUGGAGUUGAAGCAGUGGUUUGGAGACAUGAGUCUCAACGUGAUUCUUAGGAUGGUAGCUGGAAAACGCUACUUUUCUACCACUGCAGUGGCUGAUGAGGUCCAUGAGGAGGAGUCGCAACGAAUCCAAAAGUUAGUGAGGGAAUUCUUUCAUUAUAUUGGGAUGUUUGUGGUGUCGGAUACCAUACCUUGCCUUGGGUGGUUGGAUUUGGGUGGACAUGAGAAGGCCAUGAAGAAAGCUGCAAAAGAAUUGGAUGGUCUUCUUGGAAAAUGGUUGGAAGAGCAUAAGCGUAAGAGAGCUGCGGGUGAGGAUAAAGAGGAUAAAGAUUUUAUGGACGUAAUGCUUUCAGUCCUUGAUGGCAAAGACGUUGCAGGUUAUGACGCUGAUACGAUCAACAAGGCCACAUGUUUGAAUAUAAUUUUAGGAGGCGCUGACACCAACACAGUUACCAUAAUUUGGGCAAUAUCGCUAUUGUUGAACAACCGCCAAGUGUUGAAAAAGGCACAAGAAGAGCUUGACAUCCAUGUGGGCAAGGAAAGAGCUUUAAACGAGUCAGAUAUCAAUCAAUUGGUCUACCUUCAGGCCAUUGUCAAAGAGGCGUUACGUUUAUAUCCAGCAGCACCUCUAUCAGGACCACGUGAAUUCUCUAAGGACUGCAUCAUAGGUGGUUACCAUGUCCCCAAAGGCACCCGGUUGAUCACAAACAUUUGGAAAAUUCAAAUAGAUCCGCGCAUAUGGUCGGAUCCAUUGGCAUUCAAGCCGGAAAGAUUUCUUACCGCCCAAUUAAAAGAUGUUGAUCUUAGGGGUAAAAGUUUCGAGUUAAUCCCGUUUGGAAGUGGUAGAAGAGUUUGCCCUGGAAUAUCUUUUGGCCUUCAAAUGGUGCACUUAACAUUGGCUAGCUUCUUACACAGGUAUGACAUCUCAACUCCUUCGAAUGCACCUGUUGAUAUGACUGAGAGCCUUGGAUUAACAAACUUAAAAGCCACUCCUCUUGAAGUCCUCAUCACACCGCGCCUACCUAGCUUCCGAGUUAUAUGGAUAAAUGACGACCGUCAAAUAAAGUUCAAGGAUGGGCCUAAGUACUAUAAUGACAGGAUUUUUUCAUAAAUAUGCAUAUUAUUAUAAUCAUAAUAAUUGUAAAUUAUUGCAAUCUCUUUAUUAUUAAGAAACAUUUUAUAAUACUUACAUGAUUACAAUC